UAGUGUGUGGUGGAAGCCGAGUGAAGAUGACGUUGAAUUCCUGAAUCUUCACCACCAUCACGACCUCCUCGAGUGUUUGUCUUAAAAGCCUGCGCCGUCAUAGAAAGGAUUCCUUCCCCUGCCUCCGUGUGUUCAUUCACUCAUUCUGUAAAUAUUUGUACAGUGCUUACUCUGCUCUAAGUGCUGUUUCCGGUACUGAGCAGAACAAGGAAGAAGACUGCCUCUUUAGCCUUUAACCAGUAGAAGAUGGGAAAAACCCAGUCACCAGAAUAAAUUUUAUUUACAAAACUGUGGAGAGCCAUGCAUAGGGUGUGGGCUACGUUGGAGACCCUUAGACAUCGGGUGUGGGCUAAAGUUGGAGACCCUUAGACAUUGGCCUGUAGGAUGAGGAAUCAGCUCAGGCUCUUGGCAUUUUGCAGAAGCACUAGACCACCGGGAGAAGUCUGGGGAACUAGAGGCCUACAAAUGACCCUCUAGGAAUUGGCAUUUGUUCUAAAAGUCGUGGAAGAUGUUGGACAGUUUGGGACAAAGCUAACCUGAUCUGAUUUGUGAGUGGAUUCUUAAGAGGGAGGAUCUUACUAGCCACAGAGUUGGAGUCUCCUCUGUAUGCAUCUAAGUGAGGAGGCUAUGAGGGGUAAGUGGAGAGAGCAGAGAGCGUGGAAGGUUGGGAGAGGUAGACAGCCUGUCAGUUGGAUGAUGAGAGGGGCUCACGAUUCCUCUAGGUCCCUAGUGGUAGGCACACACCCCUUUUCCAACUGUAAGAACCAGUUGUUAAAGGCAAUGUCAAGACUGGCCCAGGAAAGAGGAGAAUUUCAUGACCUAGUGACACAAGUCUGAGCCCUAGCUGCUCAGCAGCCUGAGGCAGGAGUAUCUCAAUUUUAAAGCCAGCCUUGGGAAUUUGACAAAACCAUGUCAAAAAACAAAAACAAAAGCACCACUACCAACAACAAAACUAAACUCAAAGGACCCAGGGAUGAAGUAUUUGAUUCAGAUGACAACAGCACAUAGCCCCACAGGGGAAUUCAAAGACCAAACUGUCAGACACACCCUGGCGGGAGAUUACAGCAGGGCGGGGAAGGGGCACAGGGGUCAGGUGAGGUUGAGGCGGCACUUUGAUGGUAAUACUCCCUACCUCCUUUCUUCCCUUAGCUAGGAAAGAAGCCACAGGUGGCAGUUCCAGCCCCUUGGGUCUGUUUCAGAACAGUCCUGUACAAAGGACUCCAUUUUUUACCUUCGACCUGCCCUGGCUUGCUCCUCUCCAGCACAAUUUUCCCAUGAUGAAUCCUCUUAGACUUUGUGUUAGGAACCAGGAAAUUGAACCUGUGACUGUUCUGUAGGGAUUCUACUUAUAUGGCUGUGUGGGGAAAUUCCACCUCACUUCUUCCGGAUGCUCAGAAUCCCUUCAAGCACCCUGUGGGAGGCCAUUCAUAACCAUGGCAAGUCCAAGACACCCAGCAGCAGCCCAUGCUGUAGCCCUGGUGCAGAUGGAGCGACUCCAGACAUUUGCCUUUUCUGUAUGCUGGUCGGACAAGAGUGACACAUUUGUUCGAAGGAGCUGGGAUGAGUUUAGGCAGCUGCAGAAGAUCCUUAAGAAAACUUUCCCAGUGGAGGCGGGCCUGCUGCGGACAUCUGAACGAGUUCUUCCUAAGCUUCCUGAUGCUCCAUUGCUGACUCGUCGGGGGCAUACUGGCCGAGGUCUGGUACGUUUGCGGCUGCUGGACACCUAUGUACAGGCACUGCUGGCAACCUCAGAGCGCAUAUUGAGGAGCUCAGCACUCAGUGACUUCUUUGCACCCAAACCUCUGGAUCUGGAGCCCACACUGCCUCCUGGCAGCCUGGUGAUCCUGCCCACAGCAGAGGAGCCCCUAUCCCAACCUGUAGGCAGCCUUACUAUUCAUAGCCUGGAGCCUCAGAGGAUGCGCUGUUUACAGCCUUUCCAUGCCCAUGACACAAGAGACAGUCCUUUCCACACGCAGGCUCAAGAAAUCCUGGACGUAUUACUACGGCAUCCUUCAGGCUGGUGGCUGGUGGCAAACAAGGAUCAACAGACAGCCUGGUUUCCAGCUCCCUACCUGGAGGAGAUAGUCCCAGGCCAAGGCCAGGAGUCAGGCCUGGCCUUGCAAGGCAGUGGGAGGCAGUUCUGUGCUAUCCAGGCCUACGAAGGCAGUCGCACUGAUGAGCUCUCUGUGCCCUUGGGGGCACGCGUGCAAGUGCUGGAGACCUCAGACCGAGGCUGGUGGCUGUGCAGGUACAGCAUGUGUGCAUGGGGUGUGCAUGUGUGGUGGGGCAGUGGUAGGUCUUGCCUGGCGGGAGGGGGACACGGCACCUGGUGAAUCCUUCACCUU